AUGGCCGACUACGAACGCCGACACCACGGACCUAGGGGUGGUGGUCGCAAGAGGCGCUACAGAGAUGACGAUGACUAUGACCGCCGCCAGCAGCGGCGCAGGUACGAGGAGCCCUUGGUUGUCAAGGUUCGGAGGCAACUGCUGAGCAUCGCCGAAUCCGCAGCCAGGAGGGUGGAAGACGAUGCGGUAAAUAUCGCGAAAAGCGUGGCAGACAAUUACGAAGAUGAGGAGCUAAGGAACACAUUUGUUGAUAUCUCACUUGACCUUGUUCUCGAACAACCGUUGAAGAUCCCUUUUAUCGCUGCAAUCACUCUCGUCGCCAAUGCCUAUAAAUCGGAGCUUGUCUCCGACAUUCUGAAGAAAGCAGGUGAACUUCUGCAAAAUCACGUUGAAGCCGGCGGAUGGCGUGAGACAAAGCUUCUCCUCCGAUUCUUGGGCUGUCUUCAGUCCAUCUUCGAAGGUGAUGGUAUCUUCCCUAUUCUAGAGGAGCUCUUCACGCGCGCAGUUGAUCUCCAGACAACUUCUUCCGAAGAUUUACUUGGCUUGGAGCUCGUGAAAAUCAUCCUCUUUACGAUUCCAUAUGUGAUGGCCUCCCCUGCAACUGGCUACGAAACCUCAGCAACCGCCCUUCUUGAAAAAACAGAUAUCAUUGCCUCCACCCCCCAUACGCUGGUCGAUUUAGUGAAACCCUUCGGUCCAGAGGGUGAGCAACCAGGCGCUGUCCAAAGCGUCAUUAGUUUGCUUCAGACCCAACUCCAACAAGAGGCCACCCGAGGCUGGGAACUUGUGUGCCUUCCUCGGCCCUGGAACGGCGUUCAAGGAGAUGAGAAUGAAAACUUUCUCGAGACAGGGACAAAGCAUGCUUUUCCUCAAGUGACCGUCCCCAGCCCCGUCAAGAACGGAACGAGAGCGAUCUUCCCGGAAGUCUACUUUUCGGUCUACUCAAACCAGGAUAUUGAGACCGUGCCCCCUACCUCAGAUAUAUCUUCGUUAUUGUUGCGAGACACCCUUGUCGACACCAUCAAUAUUCUUGACUUCAACCGCAUCGCAACAGCCAAGUUUCUCAUAGAUGUUGACUGCUACUUCACGCCCCAUACCUUUGUGAAGCGCGCAACACCGUUUGACAGGUUACGGGAAAUCCCCGGAGAUCGACCAACAUGGAAGCCGGAAGACGUUGCCGUGGAUGCGGUUUUCUCUCAACUAUUUCACCUCCCUUCUCCGGAGCAUAAACUUGUUUACUACCACUCUGUUCUCACGGAAUGCUGUAAAAUCGCACCGGCCGCUAUUGCCCCGAGCUUGGGGCGUGCUAUUCGCUUUUUGUACCGCGGUCUGGAAAGCAUCGACCUGGAUCUCAGCCACCGAUUCUUGGACUGGUUCUCACAUCACCUGAGCAACUUCGGGUUCACAUGGAAGUGGAGCGAAUGGAUCGAUGACCUUGAACUUCCCUUGGUUCAUCCAAGAAUGGCUUUCAUUACUGGGGCACUUGAUAAGGAGAUUCGGUUGAGUUUCGCGCAGCGCAUCAGAGGCACCCUUCCAGAUCCUUACCAGGAUUUGAUACCAGAGGGAAAGGAGAAAGACACCCCCGAUUUCAAGUACUCCGUCGAUACUACGCCGUAUGCUACCGAAGGAAGGGAACUCAUGCAGCUCAUCCGCAAGAAAGCUUCUGAUGAGGACAUCCAGCCCAUUAUCUCGUCUAUCGAGGAGCAAGCCCAGUCGCUAGGCGUCGAAGUCCCAAUGCUUCCUUCAACCGAUGCAUUUGUCACGGCUAUCUGCUUUGUGGGCUCGAAAUCUCUUUCGCACGUUCUAUCAUGUAUCGAGAGGAAUAAGGAACGACUCCUAGCCAUCGGACCGAAGUCAAGCCUUGCACGUCGCCAGAUCAUCUCUUCGGUGAUGGACUACUGGGCCGAUCAGCCGGGUAUCGGCAUCAACAUCAUCGACAAACUGCUCAACUACACCAUCCUGACGCCACUCUCGGUCAUUGAAUGGGCUCUGGUGGAUAAACUAGACGCGGGGUCUAUCCUAGCCAAGACGCACGUCUUUGAGAUGAUUGCAGCCACUGUCGGCAAAGUCACCAACCGCCUGCGGCAGAUCGUUGCCGCACGAGUCCAAACAGGACUGUACGAGCCCCAGCUGAGCGUCCUGGAUGAGACUUUGAUCCGCGAGAAGGCAGACAUGCAGGCCCUUUUCAAGGUGAUCGAGGACUCCAUCGCCCCCGUCGCAGGCGGGAGUAACGACGAGCUCAUGGAACGGGGCGACGGAAGUGGCAACCUCCCGGAAGAUGCUAUCAUCCGGCAAUGGGGUUCUCGGUGGCUGAGGGCUUUCCGGCGCAAGGCUGCUGUCGAGGAAUCAUUCAUCACCGAGGCUAUGGUCUCGGCCACUCCUGUUGGAACGCAGGCGCCUGCCCUUCCUUCGGAAGAUGCACCCGCUGACGGGGACAUGGAUGUCGCCGAGGCCGACGGAGCCGCUGAUAUUUCCUGA